AUGGAUUUUAUGUUCGUACCGAACCGCUCCGGAACCAUCGGAGCGCGGUUAGUUUCUCCGCCGGUGCCCCAUUAUUGCGGAGUGAAUAGGAGUGUUUUUGCCCCGUCUCCACGCUCCGCCGCCCGCGCCUCGGUGCUAGCGGUCCGUGACACUGCGAAUUUGAGGUUUCCACAUCGGCGGAAAAAUAUGGCCGCUCUGUCGCCGUCCAUCUUUUUUCUCGGCGGUGACGUUCGUGUCGUGAUAGAGCUGCGAUUAGCUGUA